AUGACCAUGACCGUGAGCGAUACCACAAAGACUAGGUCGAGUCGUAUGGCCAACGUAUCUGAUCCCGUAAAGUGGCGCGAGUGGUUUCGCUGUCUCCGGGCCUCAGCUUCCAAGUUCCCGCCGAGCCGCCAUGUAGCAACGCCCAAGAGAGUGCGCCAAGACGGCGUCUUGAGUGCCUGGAUCUGGACUAGCCCACAGCGCUCACCACCCACAGCGGGCGGUUCUCUGCAGCGCCGGGUCGACUUGUCACUGGGACGGCACAAGAGAUCAAUCUUGGUCCAGCGGUCGCCUCUCGCUCGUUCGUUAGGCUUCCGUCUUCAACCAGAUCAUGAUGCUUCGAAAGCCGCCACGACCGCUCAGAGCGUGCAACCUCCGAUUGGUCAAAGACUGCCAGAUUCCACAUUCGAUUUCAACAAGUCAGUUGAUGGAGUCUCGUUGAGGAUCGAGCCACUCGAUUUUGGCUCCGAUGUCGUGCCUUCACAGCCAUUGGCAGGAAAUGAAGGCUCUUCUAAAGAAGGCUCCGAGAACCUCUACGCGCGGCUGAGUGAGCAGUGCCUGUCGCCUCCGGAAACCCGCCACAUCCAAGGAUUUCAAAGCAUAUAUCUGGGAGAAUCGUGGCUGUUGACAUACGUUGUUCAAAAGGUGAUCAAUGCAGACGCAGCAUCCGAUAUCAGUGGCAGCUCUCCAUCUUCCCUCCAGGUCCCCCUGCCAGCGACUGUCGGCGAUAAGCCUGACAAUUUCGGCUACGACACCAGACUGGAUGCGGAGGAGAUGGAAGUCCUCAAUAUCAGAGGAGCCUUUGUGCUACCCGAGCGACGAGUUUCCGACAAGCUGAUCCAGACCUUCUUCGAAUGCGUCUAUCCGGCAUUUCCCAUCUUCGAUCGAGAGCACUUUGCACAGCUAUACGAGUCGAAUCAGUUGUCACUUCUCAUAUUGCACUCCAUCUACGCGGUUUCGAGCACGAUGUGCGAGGAAGAUGUGAUUGCCGAAUCCGGAUUUGAGAGCCGAAACGCAGCUCGUAAAGUCUUCCUCAAACGUGCCAAAGCUCUUCAUGACGCAGAUUACGAAACCAACAAGGUUACACUGGUUCAGGCUACCUUCCUCCUAAGCUUCUUGUGGAAGGGUGCCACGGACGAAAAAGAUAUGUUCUAUUGGCUUUCGAUAGCUAUCGGCAACGCUCAAGGCAAAGGAAUGCACAGAACAACCAAAGAUUCCUCAUUGACGCCUCGAGACCGCAGGCUGUGGAAACGAAUUUGGUGGUCACUCUACGUCCGAGACCGCCACUGUUCUGGCAACAUUGGCCGCCCCAUGCGCAUUCGAGAUGAUGAUAACGACGUCGAACCCCUCGAUGAGUCGGAUUUUGAAGAUGAUCUUGCGCAGAACCCAACACUGUCAACACUUUAUGGACGGAGUAGAAGGGUCCAUAUCCUCUUCGCGAUUGCAAUGAGCAAGCUUUCAGUCAUUUGCCCGUCAAGACAGAGACUGAGCUGUGAAGAGCUCGGCUCUCAGUUACUGGAGUGGCGACAGCAGUUACCCCCGGAACUGCAGGAUGGUGACGGGGAAGAGGACGGUGGCUUCUGGCCCAAGAUGCUGGAUUUGAGUUACAAGUCCGUCAAGUUUCAGACUUCUGUCUACCGCUGGGCAAAGUCCCUCAUGCUGACUCCAUCGUAUAGUCAUCACCUCAUCCUGCUACAUCGCCCUGAGAACAGCAAAAUCGUGGUCGACAAGAAACUGCUCCAGUCGCCAGCAUACACUGCCACGAGGAGGAUAACUGCCAUUGCUGAUGAUUUCCUUGCAUUGGGUCUGCUUCGUAAGUCGCAAUUGCAAAUAUGCCCAACUCUGUUCUCGGCGCUGACCAUGUAUGUGCUCAUGGCGCGAAGUCCGGACAGCAUGCAGCGAAGGCUUGCCGAACACAAGGCACAGCUUUUGCUACUCGCCUGUGCCGAGGUUGCAAAGACGUGGCCGGCGUGUGACUGGAUCAUGAAAUUGUUUGAAACGAUAUUCAAGAACAUGGAGAAGAGAAGUCAGACGCAGGUCCCCCAACCGGCCCUGGGCGAUCCGUAUCAUAGUGGUUCUGGACCGACCCAGCAAGCAACUACAAUCCGCGCCGGGCAGGGCACCCACAGAGAGUCUCAGCACGAACAGGUCUCGCUGAACAAUUACCAAGAUCAAAGGGCAUCAAGUCCAUCGGCAAACAUGUUGGAUGCGGGAGUGCUGGCGGACAUGCCACUCCACCACCAGUUUCUCAAUGUGCCCGAAUUCUGCGAUCAAGAUCUUCUCAGCGUGCUGCCACUGGACUUUGGACUGCCUCACGAUGUCUUUCCUUACAUGAUGGAAAGUUGA